AUGCCAACGGGGCCCAUUGAAAUCGGCAGCAACGAUGGUGUUGGUCUCGACUUUGGCCUGGGUCUCUUGCCAUCGCUCCAGGAGAUCCAUGUUUGGUUGGAUGAUGAAGGCGCUAGCAUUGAGGAGGCGAAGGAAUGGAAGGCUAUGCUGUGGCAUGCCAGUAACAUCCAUCCCAAUCAUCCCAGCCUUGAAAUAAAGAACGAAGAUAAACGAAUGAUGCCCAGAGAAAACAGGUGA